AUGAAUAGAGAUCUCAUAUUUGCUUGUGAUGUAAGAAAUGCAAAAAACAAUUUGCCAAGAAAUUUAUUCUUGUACAAAAGAAAUUUAGUGAUAAACAAUACAAACUAAGAUUAGUCUAAUCCUGAAGUUGGAAAUGAAUAAAGUGAAAGAUCUAUAGAACUUACAUCUUAAUCAACUUCAAUAAGUUGGAUAUAUAAGUAUAAUACAUAAUAUAAAACAUAGUGAGAAUCUGAUUUAAGGGUUUAAAGUUUCUUAUUGCUGUAAUUUUUCUAAGACUUAAAAGUCGCUGACAUAUUUAGGUGAUGCAGAGAAGUUGAAAUAAUUAAAGAAAUUACUAAAUGGGAUAGUUUUGUACACAGACUUUAAUAAACAUUAUUAAUUUUAAAGUUCUUUUAUAUAAAAGGAGGAUGUUGAAGUAAUGAUAUUAUAAUAAGGCUGAUUAGAUUUCCAAAUAUAUUCAAAUUGAAACAGGAGAACUAAAAUUAGUUAAAAUAACGAAAAUUAAUUAAUAAGUAUACUUUGAUAAUUAUUUCAGCAAAAACUUUAGCAGGAGUUAAAUAUAGUUUUUGAAUUAAAUCAAUAAAAACAUAAAAAUAUUCUCGAAAUUGAUGAAGUUUAUAAGGAUUUAAAUGAAAUAAUAUUUGUUAUGAAGUACUGUCGAGGUGGAACUCUCUAUAAUUAUCUACUUUAAAGAAACAAUGUCUUAGAUUAAGAAGAGAUCAAAUAUAUCAUGAAGAGGCUAUUAAAAGGAGUGAAACAUUUACAUCAAUUAGGAAUUAUUCAUAGAGAUCUGAAAUUAGAUAAUAUCGUUUUUGAAAAUGAAAAUGAUAUAAAAUCUUUAAAAAUAAUUGAUUUUGGGUUUGCAGUAGAAUUUGGUUACUAAACUUAAGUAAGAUGUGGUACACCUGGAUAUAUGGCUCCUGAGAUUUUAAAUCAAGAGGAUUAUGAUGAAUCAGUUGAUAUUUAUAGUUUAGGAAGCAUAUAUCAUUCUUUAUUAUCUGGAUAAAAACUGUAUCCAGAAUAUUAGGAUAAGAAUCAUUUACUUUUCUUGAAUAAAUUAAACAAAGUCAAAGUAUCUUCAAAGAUAAUGGAUAUAGAAUAAAGAUAACUUCUACUUUUGAUGAUUGGACAUAAGAAGCAUCGACCUUCAGCUUCUAUUUGUCUUAAACAUUAAUUUUUCAGGAAUAGUUUUGAAAUAUCUCAUCCAAUAGAAAAUUAAGUAAAAUAAUUAUGUUUUCCAAAUUUAAAAAAUCCUUUUAAAAGUAAAUCUUUAUGA